AUCAUCGUUUGUCAGUUUGGGAUAGAUAAGCUCCGCAUCUUAACAUCUAUGGUGGAUAAUCUUUGUUUGGACACGUGUAGAUACCGUCGGGUGCGCGUCAAUGCAAGAGGCGUAUAAAAAUCCAGAGUAGAACGCUGCAAUCAAUUGUGAUAAAGGCUUCAAAUAGUGCAUGUCACGUGGAAUGAUAAGAGAUUGAGUGUAUUCGUGAACUGUGUAGAAAUUAUGUAAUGUUCUUGUAUCAAGUUUGAAUAUCUUCUCGAUAACGAAAAAAGAACUGCGGCAGUAGUGGGGACCAAAAUAAACCAAUCAUAGAAGAAGCUCAAUACACGCUUAUCAACAGCAUUAUUGAAUUGCAGGGCUGGUGGCAAUCGAUGCGAUAGCGAUAGUAGUGGAAGGCAGAGUCGCCGUCGCCGCCGAUGAGAUGGUGCCAUCUUUCGUGAUUCAGUGCCGUGUCUUGGAUGGUAAAAGUGCAGUCCCAAGGCCAGGAAGCGGCCAUUGGUGGUGAUGGUGCGGUGCUGAAGAAUGCUUUAAAAAUAGCGAAUCGAGAUUUCUCAAGUGGUUCGAUUGGAUUACACAUAUCGCCCCGUGUGCACUAGUGCCAGAAGAGAUUAUCUGUGGGUGAAGUAUCCUGAGCUCAUCGUUCAUAGAGGACGAGUUAUGGUGCUAAGUAAAUGGUGCUUGGGGCUUCCACUGCUGGCAGUGGCCGCCCUGCUACUAUCCAUUACUGCCGUGGGGGGCUUCAACUUUGAAACGCGUCUUCCCAUCGUCAAGUAUGGGGCAACCAGCACCUACUUCGGAUAUUCGGUAGCUUCCCAUAUCGAAAAGUUGCGGAACGGAGAUAAAAAGAAUUGGAUUCUAGUCGGUGCACCUCUGGGUCAGAAUCUGCAACCGGGAACCAACCGGUCAGGCGCCCUGUUCAAAUGUCCAAUCACCCAGCUGAGCAAUGAUUGCGAACAGAUCAAGACAGAUGGUCGAAGAAAACCUUCGGGUAUAUACGAAAGUGACGAUGAGGACGAUGAUAGCCUCGCACUUCCGGGUAAUGAUGAACUCAAGACCAACCAAUGGCUGGGCGUGACAGUCAAGUCCGGUGGAAAGGAAAAUAAGGUUUUUGUCUGCGCCCAUCGCUACAUGAAGGUCCAUGACCGAGGAAAGGCCAGAGAGAAUGGACUGCACCUGGGUCAAGGUCUGUGCUACGUACUGAAUAACGAUUUCUCGUUUGGGUUCGAGGUGGAAGUAUGCCUGGGUCGGUCCAUCGAACGGGAGCACGAGCAGUACGCUUUCUGCCAGGCGGGUACUUCGGGCAUGAUCCUGGAUGAUGGCACCGCCGUGAUAGGCACUCCCGGUGUCAUGAUCUGGAAGGGAACGGUGUUUGCCGUUGAGGUUGAUGGAGAAUUUUUGUCACGAGACAAAACGCAGUAUUACGGUGCGCACGAUAAUGCGGAUUCGCCGGUCCCUAAUUAUAGCUAUUUAGGAAUGUCGGUAACCGGAGGGAAGUACUUUGGAGAUUACAUGUCCUAUGCAGGUGGUGCCCCACGAUCACGGGGAAAUGGUCAGGUCAUUAUAUUUUCGAAUCGAAAUAAACAAAACCCAAUUGUCAAGGAGAAAGAGCUGAGAGGGGAGCAAUUUGGUUCCAGCUUCGGAUACGAAAUGGCUACAGCGGAUGUAAAUGGGGAUCAUGCACCGGAUCUUCUAGUCGCGGCACCAUUUUAUUUUUCGAAGUCGGAGGGUGGAGCUGUCUACGUGUUUCAAAACAUGAAUAACAAUUUUUCGGAUGAAUACACCACCAAACUGACUGGGAAAGUUGAAUCCCAAUUUGGCAUGGCAAUAGCCAAUUUGGGCGAUAUCAAUAAAGAUGGGUGCGAAGAUAUUGCAAUCGGAGCGCCCUAUGAGGGCAAUGGCGUCGUAUACAUCUACUUGGGAAGUCCAAAAGGGUUAUCUACGAAACCAUCUCAAGUGAUAACAUCCAGCUCCUUAGGUCUCAAUGUUCCGGCGUUGAAAACAUUUGGAAGCUCACUUUCUGGAGGAAUUGAUCUGGAUAAUAAUACGUAUCCCGAUUUGGUCAUCGGUGCUUACGAUUCAGCGGCAGUCACUACUCUGCUGGCGCGACCCAUUACGAACAUCAAGACAUCAGUUAUGAUUGAAGAGCUGCAGAACAUCGAUCCGAUGAAGCAUGGAUGUCGAGCGGAUCCAAUGGCAAAUUCCACGUGUUUCUCCUUCAAGGCCUGCUGUUCGAUAGAACCGUACGAAGAAUCCGGACACUCCGGCAGCCAAUCACAGCAACUGCACCUAAUCUACGCAAUCGAAGCGGAAACGUACAACAACUUGAAAAAGUUUUCCCGCGUCUACUUCGGACCGGAUACGCGCUCCCGCUCGAACACCCUCCGACGACAGAUCAGUGUCAUCACCGACGGAAGGCAAGAGUGUCGCGAGGAAGUCGUCUACAUCAAAGACAAUACACGUGACAUUCAAAAUCCGAUCCGAUUCCGGCUGAAUUACACCAUCGUGGACACUACACUGCCGGCGUCGGCCCUGGAAUCGCUGGAUCCCAUCCUGGACCAGACCCAAGCGGAUCGCACUUUCGAAGCUACCUUCCAGAAGGACUGCGGUCACGACGGUAUUUGCCAGUCGAAGAUCGACGUCAAGGCGAAGCUUUCGUUGGAACAGCAAACUGACAGUUCAUACGCUUUGGUGCUUGGUCGCGAUCGUGGCAUUCUGCUCAAUGUGAGUGUUUCCAACCAGGCGGAUUCAGCGUAUGAGACUCAUCUAUUCGUGAAACACGAUCCCAGCAUAUCAUACAGCGGAACAAAGAGUCUGUACACGUGUACCCAGUUCAAUGCCACGCUCGUGGACUGUUCCCUCGGUAAUCCAAUGCGAAGAAGCACGGAGGCGAAACUUUCGCUGCGAUUCGAUCCGCAGCUGGUGGACGAUCGAGUUUCGAAGCUGUCCUUCCAAGUGUUUGUCAACACAACGUCGGCACUGCUGGAAGGGACGAAGCAAAGCAUGACCCUGCCGGUGAACGUUAUCAAACGUGCCAAGAUCAGCAUUUCUGGUGCCGCCCAUCCUGAGCAAACAUUCUACGGAGGAGACGUUAAGGGCGAGAGCGUGAUGGAAACGGUGGAAGACAUCGGUACAGCUGUGCAGCAUAUCUAUCUCAUCUACAACGAUGGACCAUGGCGUGCUCCUCAAGUGCAAGUGAACAUCCAAUGGCCCCACCAAGUGGCUAACGAUAAGCCACAGGGAAAAUGGCUGCUCUACUUGACUGACAGGCCAUUUAUCGAAGCUACCAACGGAGGUGACUGUGUCGUCGAGCCUAAUGCGGCCAUCAAUCCACUCGGAUUGAAGAAGUCCUCUGUGCUGAGCGAUCUGAUGCAGAUGGAGCGUUACACGCAACGUUCGUACAAUAAAUCACUCACAUUCGCUUCCGAUAAGUCCGAGCGAGUGUCGUUUGCCAAGCAAACAGCAUUCGCAUCAUCAUCCGAUACGAGCACACUGAAUCGAGUUCGACGAGAUCGAUCGAUGAUCAUCCGGGCCGAACGAUUAACCGAUAAGGACGGCAAACAGACCGAUAUUGUGCACAUGGACUGCAAGCGAAACACUGCCAAAUGUAUUUCGAUAGUUUGCAACUUUUACAACGUACAACCAAAGGCUCAGGUACUUAUCAACGUGACUGCAAGGCUGUGGAAUUCGACGCUGGUGUCCGAUUAUCCUCGGGUAGAUCUAGUUAAAAUCGCAUCCACUGCUAGGAUAAAAGUUUUCGAGGUGCAGCAAGACCAUUCGGUUGAUUCUGUUACGCUCGAGACGUUGGCCUACCCGGAACUGCUUGACCAAGCAGGGGACGGAUCCAUCCCACUCUGGGUGUACAUAAUAGCUAUUGUAGGCGGACUGUUGGCAUUUGCCGUCCUGACCUACUGCCUGUGGAGGUGUGGCUUCUUCAAACGGCGAAGACCCGAUCCAACGUUAAGCGGGAACUUGGAGAAAAACAGCGAAAAUAAACCGUUUCUUUAGUUCCGUAAAACGUAGUUAGCAUUUUUGGAUUGAACGAUUACUUAAAACGUGAUAGAAACCAUCCAUUAGAUAUAGAAGCGUUUGGUGCUGUUACAGCAUCAACAUCAGUUGUAAUCAAACGGGGAUCUCCAAUGGGAGAAUUUAUUGAAUUUUAGAAAUCGCUUCAUUCGAACAAUAUUACACAUGGUUUAUUUAAUACAACUGAAUCACUACAUCAGAAUUUGCUGUUUUUUGACAGCUCUGUUUCAAAAAUCAUUCACAACAAUCUAAUUUCAUCCAUGUUCAUGUUCAACUACUUUUUACGAUGAUAAUAAUUGACUAUCGCAGAUAACGAUGUGAAGACUGAAAACUCAACCUCGAAUAUGACCAACGAAAGCAAACUAAUGAUUCGACAAGGGCAAUUGUAAAAUUUCACAAUUGAAAUUUAUGGAUUGACCUUUGUGCUGUGAUUCUCUGCAGUAUACCGCCCCGCUUAAUACCACAAAAUUAUCUACCGGGGUUUGGUGAUAAUUUGGUGCAGCAUAGUGAGUUUCAAAUAAGCUCAUUUUUCAUCGUCAGCACAAUUUCUGAUAACUUUUCGAGAUUAAAAUAUUUAGCUUUUCGUGUGCGAUUAUAAAAUCAAUUACGUACAACAGACCGAUCGAAUCAUUUGUGUUCAAUAAAGAUAAGUUUUCAGGAGUCGUUAAAAGAUGCACGCUUUACUAUUGACGGUCCUCAGAACCGCGAAGUUAAACCGCCACCAACGGAAGGGGUAUCAAACAAACUUUCAUUGUAUAUAAUACAUAAGUUCCUUUAAGAAAACUGUACUGUGCGGCAUAAAAGACUUGCUCUAGCCAAACAUAACAGUAAAAUUUAUUAACGACGCUUAACAAAUCUAAAUAGGUCAAAUUUAACAAUCAAAAAUUUAUAAAUAACAUUUACUGGAACACAUACUUACUUGCCUUUGAAAGUGCCAUUCUUUAUAGUGGAUUCUUAUAAGAAAAUUAGUUUGAGCUUUUAGUGGAAUGACUUUACUUGUCAUAAGACAUGAUCGUACUAUCCCAUUUAAUUCCAUAAUCCACUUUAUUGUAACUUCAACAGAUACGUAUUGCGUGCGACCUCAACAGUAAGGACGUCUUCAGUGUCUCGUUUCCCUUAUUGUUGAGGUUGAAAUACGUAUCUGUUAAAGUUACAAAAGAAGGGGUGGAAUUAAAUGGGAUAGUACGAACUCGUCUUAUGACAAGUUAGUUGAUUCCUAAUUAAAUGAGAUAAAAGUGGCAAUAGACAUAAUACCGAUUUCUCCGUAUUCUCUUAGGGCCGAUGCGUACAUAGUAUUUCCAGCGCCACGUUGACGUUAUGAGGGUAUCGGUCAUAAUUCCACCCAAUUUGUAAAAAAAAUCGAUUUUAUCAUGCUCAUCUGUUGUAUAUUCAUCGUCAUUCCAUGAUAGAUUCAGAUAGUUUAUAAACUUCAUUAAUGGUAUUACGGAAAACAAAAAAAAGGCAAAUCUGGUAAUGUACUUGCGAUGCGAAUCGAAAUUUACACCCAGGUUUUUACUUGGUUUGGUUUAAUAGCCUAUUAAGAUUACGCCAUUUAUAAUAUUAAUUAUCGAGUUAAAUAUUAGGAAGAAAAUUGAAUGUAUGGGGAUUGGCAUCAAGUUACACUUUAUCAUUAUAUUUAUUAUAAUAAAUGGCGUAAUCUGAAUAGGCUAUAAGUCGAUUGAGACCUUUAGCAUCAAUGAAACAAUGAGUUGACCUCACGAAAAAAUUCACAAAAAAAUUCAGAAAAUCCGGGUGAUGUGAAAAUUUAAAUUAUUCCAACCGUGUAAAAAAAAACCUGGGUGUAAUUGUUUCAAAAAUCUUCCAAGAAACUAGUUUAAUAUGUGAGUAAAACAAGUCAUAACAAAACUUCAUUGUAUUUACCAUUCUUUUUUCGGCCAAAAGAUAAGAAGUGCGAUUGGAACAUACGCGAUGAUAGAAAAUAAGGUGUACCAAUUUUGGCAAUUCUAGACCAAUAUUUGAAAAAGGCGUAACAGUCAAAAUGUAUUUAUUCCGGUUUCUCGUCUGCAUUCACAGCUAUAUACAUAGACAAAGAACAGGAAAGAAUACAUUUUGGCUGUUACUGCCUUUUCAAAUGUUGGUCUAGAUUUCUUCUUUUAAUUAACAGUUCAGGCUCGAUAGUUAAUGUGUUUAUUUCGUUAGUUAGUGUUUAUUUCGACCAGUAUGAAGGCAAGGUGAAUUUAACUAGUUUAUGUUAUUCUAGAGCGUAAAUCAAUAUUGUUUAGAUCUAGCGAUUAUCGUGACGUUUCUAUCCAUUAUUACAUUAUCCAUUAAGACAUUGUAAAAUUUCGAGAAGUAAAAGUAUAUUUACAAGAACAAGUA